GGCCCGAUCAAAACAUUUUAUGUUUUUUUGUUUGCCGCAGGACUUGCGUGUCUCUCUCCGCAGUUGUCGACCCGCACAUUUUCGAAAUUGCAGGCACCAUCAAUGGCCGCCACAUGUUACUCUUUUUCUCGCCUGCCUUGAUUAUUCUUCAACGCUGUUUCCCUCUGUGCUCGAAACAAAGAGAAAAUGCAAACACUGAAAUGGAAGAGCGGUUUGUUGUUGAAUCUCAACGUUUCCGUCGCUCAGUCGCCGCCCAAAGAUGUCUCCCUCUUCCAUGCCACCUCUGCUUCUCUUGCUAAAUGGAAAAGCAAAUGGAGCUUUACUGAAGAGAAAAGUACACAACCAUCAUCCAAGGAUUAUAUCAGAUAUCAAAUACGCCAGAAACGUUCAGAUGCAAAGAAGGCUUUAAGGGAUCUGCUUUUCAAAGGCACGUCAUCCAAGCUUCAGAAUGGGAACUUAUGGGGAGGUGCAGACAUAUGCAAGGGGCCACGUAUUUCAAAUAAGCAAACACAAUCUAAGAAGUCAGCAAGAGGAAAAUUUCAACAUUCAUCAAAGCAUGCGCAGAAAAAUAAGCAAAAGCAGAGGGUAGCAGAUUUCACUGAGGAGUCCGAUGAACGAGCCGAACCAAAUUUCCAUGCGACAUUUGGAGGCAGGUGUUUUACUUGGUCAUUUAAGGCUUGGCAGGAAUCCCGAUUCCAGGAUUCUACAUGGGGCUUUGAAUGGAGGGAUCCCAACUGGAGUAGAAAUACAAGAAGAUUUGUAGAAGAUAGUGACUCUGAUGAAGAUUCAUGUGUCGUUGGUUCAUACUCUGAUAGGAUUACACUUGGGUUGCCAUCUUCGGGUCCUUUGAAGAUUGAAGAUGUUAAGAAUGCAUUUCGAGCUUCUGCAUUAAAGUGGCAUCCUGACAAACACCAAGGCCCUUCACAGGUUACAUUCGUCAAAGUUUCUUCUUUAAUUCUUUAAUUUUGCAUAAAUAACUUUUAGAAGGUCGUUUUGCUACUUGAAAUAGCAAUGUAAUAUUAAAAAGUAUAUUUCCCUACAUGCAGUAGCUACGCAAGAAUAAAGUUUUUUCUUUUAAUUG